AUGGAUCUGGGGAAACAAAUCCAGCAUAAGAUUACAGAAUAUUAUUCAGAGUUACAACUUUCUACUCAACGACUUCUCGUUGUCCAACGCUCGGAAUUAGUCACCAUCAAGUACAUGACACUCUGCACUGUCCGCCAUCCCACGGAGCGUAUCACAAAUGCCAGCCGACUGGUGGGCUCGUUCGCAAGAAAAAGAAAACGAGCAACAGCCAUCGAGGGUUGCCAAAAGAGGCAAACGGAGAACACUUCCAGCUUGGGCAUCAGGGCAAAAAUGCCAAAUUACCGCUGGAAGCCGAUGCAUAUAAAGGGGGAAGGGGGAAAAGCUGCGAUAGCCCCCUGA